UUUCCCGCUUCAUGUCGUCGGUUAACCAAAUUUCGAUUUCCACCGUCAAUGUUCCGGAAUGCAAGUCGUCUGUAGAAGGUGAAGAGAUAGGAAAGUUUGAGUUCGAAUCAUGGAAGGAUUUAUUACUCGACUCAAUGACACUCGCUGGCAUAACUGAUGAGCCAACCAAGUUCAUAGUGUUCAAAGUCAAAGCAGGCUUCAAGUUAAUGGAAAUCUACAAAAAUACGACGACGAUGGUUGAUGCUCCAGAUCCCGAAGCCCAUCCAUUCACGAACGCCAUGCACCGAUUGAAGACAUAUUUCGGGUCCGGGUCGGACAUCAUGUUACAGCGUCGCAAACUGGCAUUGAUGAUCCAAAAACCGGAUGAAUCCGAUUUGUCUUUCAUCAUGAGGGUCGGUGCCAUGGCCAGGAUGUGUGAGUUUGGUGACGGGAAGGAAUUUGAGGAGAUCGUGAGCACCGUUGCAGAACACGCGAGAAAUAAGGAAGUGCGAACAAUGGCACUCAAGAUGCUUAGUCGUAAAGGAACGCUGGCGGAUUUGGUUGACAAAGUUCGUCAAAUUCAAGCUGUCAACAUGAACGAGGAAUAUUAUCGCCUUAGACAUGGAACGGUAAAACAAGCUACAGUCGCUUCGGUGAGCGUGGGUCAAGGAAGAAGCGACCGUCAGGAUUUCACUCGAGACUUGACGAGCCGCGGACGAUUCGGAAAUCAACAGUUUCGACGUAGAGACGAACUGGUUCCUAGCCGACCUGUGACACCUGGGUGGAAAAAUUCUGGAGGAGAACGUUGUUUCAGGUGCAACAGUGUGUUUCACAGGCCGAAUGAUUGCAGUGCGAUUGAUAAAACCUGCUUGAAGUGUGGACGCAAAGGUCAUUUCAAGCGAGCCUGCAAGACAUUAAUCCGGACGGGAAACAAGCGUGUGGGUGAAGCAGACAGUUCGUACGUUGAAGCAAAGAAGAUUGCAAUGGUGGACAUGGAAGGAAACGCAAAGGAGGAAGAGAGACCAACCGAAGAUGAUGUAGGUGACAAUAAAUAUUGA